UGCUGUUUUUUAAUUUAGUGCUAAAAACUACGCGACGUUUUUGUGGAUUUCUCCACAUUCCGCAGCCUCGGCGUUCUCAGCGUCGCGUCGCGUCACGUCUUGACCGCUCUUUUUGGUCAACAACAAUCACCAGAUAUCUAAGCAAAGCCGAGAAGAGGUGGGGGGGGGAGGGGAGAUUCAGGUGCUCGGAAAAAUGAAACACCAUCACAAGCUCACGGUGGGGUUAUGUCUCAUUUGGGCAGCCACGAUCCUCUACGGCGAAAUGUUCACCUUCUGGGUUCCUUCUCUAUUCACUUGUUCUUGGCCUCACCAUAAUAAGAGUGAUGGGAAUUUUACUAAAGUGGCCAUUGUUACUGAUCCCCAGCUCAUGGAUAAGACAUCGUUUCGUUUGUCGUCAAAGACACUUGCUUUAGAGCUUGCUCAGUUUUAUACUGAUAUAAACAUGCGGAGAUCGUUCUUUCAGUCUGUCUUGCCCUUCAAACCAGAUGUUGUUUUGUUUUUAGGUGAUUAUUUCGAUGGUGGGCCAUUUCUGCCUGAGGACGAAUGGCAGGAAUCUUUAAGCCGGUUUAAACAUGUAUUUGGUGUGAAUUCACAAGGCAAAGUUGGGGACAUCCCUACAUUUUACAUCCCUGGGAACCAUGAUGUUGGCUAUUCUAGGGUUGCGUCCCAUAAGCAAGACGUGAUUGAUCGAUAUCAAAAAGUUUUUGGGAUCAGAAACCGCAGAUUUAUGAUUGGAAGUGUUGAGUUCAUCAGUAUUGAUGCACAAGCUAUUGAUGGGAAUCCUCAAAAGGUUCUGGCAUCAGAAGUUUGGAAGUUUGUACACAAUGUCUCCACGGAUGCACAGUCACAUCCUAGAGUUUUAUUGACCCACAUCCCAUUAUAUCGGCCUGAUCAAACCCCAUGCGGCCCUCACCGUGGUGUUUCUGUCAUUGAUCAGCGGUUUUGGCGCCAUUUUCAAGAUCAAGAAGUAAUAUACCAGAAUUAUGUUACUUCAGAAGCAUCAAAGAAGUUAUUGGAGUUGAUCAAACCCAUCAAAACUCAUCUGAUCUAGAUAAAAUGUUACACACCCAAUUAUGCUUUCUUCCGUGCCAAUUAUACAUUUACAUGUGGUACCUUUCUCUGUUCGCUAUGUCCCUUCUUGCUCUCCUUCUCUGGCCAAAUCAUGGGAUAAGUUUCUUAAACAACGCUGCAGACUGUAUCUCAAAUGUGAUGAAGUCAAGCUUUUUAAGCAACGUCACGAAGGAGAAGAACGAUGAUGAGAACUGUGAGUAUGAAAUGGUAUGGGACGCAGAAGGAUCUAUGCAUCUUGUGAAGAAAGUUCUUCAAACUCCCGUGAAACGUCAAAGCGAUAAACCUCUUGUAGAAAAGGGUAAUGCGGUGUUGAGAUCAGCGGCUAGAAAGAACACUAACGAACAGAUUGAGCUUGUGAUGAACUCAGAUGUAAAUGCAACUGCUGGUGGGUCUGAUCCUCUGAUGAGAUCAGCAUCAAAAUCAAGAACAAAACUUGUGAUCCAGAGAGUGAUACGUACAAUCAUGAUGAUCAUCGUCAUUGCGGCAUUAAACGUUCCCAUUUACAUGAUGUUGCUGUUCAAGGAUUGGAUUGAGCAGGAGGGAUAAAUCUGAUUGACGUGAAAUUUUGGAUUAAGCAAACUAUCAUCUGUAGGAUUUGUGGUGAAAAGUGAAAGCUGUUGUUGUAUUAUUAGAAUAUAUGGGAAUCAAAAGAAACAUGUUGAGUCUAUAUGGUUCAACAUAACCAUAGACUUGUUUAUUUGGUCU